AAAAAAGAAAUUGAAGAAAUGACUAAAAGAAUCAAUCAAAAGGAAUCAGAGGUGUAAAUAUUUUAAAGUCAACUUGAUUAGAUUAAUCAAGAAAAGCUAGAGAAAGAAAAAUAAUCUAAUUUACGAUUAGAAAAGAUUUAAGAUUAUACAAAAACUUUAUUCUUUUCUAAUAUUUAUAAGGGUGCGAAUUGUUAAGUAAGUUAGGGUGGAAAAGUUGCUGAAUGUUUUGGUGAUUGGUUUUAUUGCUUUUGUGAAUAAGCAAUUCCAAAGAAAGGGAAAACUCUGUUUGCCUUCUAAAUGAUCGAUGGAACUUAAUUUGAGGUUGGAAUAGGAUUUAGGGAUAUUAUAUUAAAAAAUAAUUAUCGCGAUUCAGGAGUCGGAUCAUAUUUGUUGAAUUAUCUUGGAUAUACUUAUUCUCAUCAUAACUAACAUGCUAAUAACAAAAAAUUAUCAUUCACAUUUACAACAAAUGAUGUAAUAAUAAUUGAAGUAAGUAUUGAACAUAAGUAUAUUAAAUGGACGAGAUAGAAUAGUCCAUUAGCUGUUCUCUAAAUAGAUACAUCCAUAUCAUAAGAAUUAUAUCCAUGUGUUUCGAUUAAUUAAUCUAAAGUUAAAAUAUUGGAUAACAUCCAAAUUGAUAUUGGGAAUUGA